AGAAUCAGCACGAUGGUCAUCAAUGGCGACUCCGAGAUGGGCGCGCUGCUUAGGCGGCAGCAAGAACUCGUGACGCAGCUCCGAGCGCUCAUCCUCCCGGCCCUUAACCAAGCUGACGGCAGGUCGGCUGAGCUCGCCAUCAAUCUCUUAGACGAAGUGACAGACUGCAUCGCCGGCAUCAUAUCCAGGCUCCAGCUUAGUGGCUUACCCGUCGGCGCCAGCAAAGCUGGUGGACCGGCGGUAGCCUGCAACCUCGACGACAGAACGAUCAACAACGUUGGUCAAAAGAGAAGGAGGAACAACAUUCACAGGCGAUAUUCAAGAUCAAUUGUAUCAAUUUCCCCACAUUACGAUGGCCACUAUUGGAGAAUAUAUGGGCAGAAGAGAAUCAAUGGAAGGCAACAUGCUAGAAGCUACUACAGAUGCGCCUACAAAGAACGGAACUGCUCAGCAAGCAAAACAAUCCAGCAACAGGAUCCUGAUGGGACACUUAAGAAUGAUGAGGAGACUGCAAAGUACAACGUUGUGUACUACGGUCAUCACAGUUGCAUGCUGGACGACAACAGUGGAAGUGGCGCGACCAAGGAAGCUAGAACGGACCUAAUUCCAGGCGGCCAAGUGGCAGGAGGAUCCGGAGCAACAUAUUUUCAAGAGUUCGAUCAGGGAGACUUGGACGUCCCAGCUCUACUAGAGGUGCUGGACGACUGUCCGCUGGACUGGGAUAUCCUCUUCUAG